CAGCAGAACAGAUGGGUAGGGUGUGCAGGAAAUAAGUCAUGAAAGAAGACUGCGACGUCUAAAAUAGGAAGAGAUCAUUGAGGUUAGUCUCUUGCUUCCUCCUUCGUACCGAUUCACGCAUUGCCGGAACAUCGCAAAGCCAAGAUAAUGAAUCACUUCUUUUGACAGUUUUGAUGAUGCAAGAUACUCUGCUGCGAGUGCUUGUGGUAGCUCUGGGUCUCCUCACAUAUCCAAGGGACGAGCCCGGGGUUGAGGAAUGGGACGAGAUCCCCACAGUGGGCAUCCAAAAGCACGAAGAGAGACUGUUGAUGGGAUGCGAGAACCUGGACCACAAAAUGGCACCUGUCAGGGAGGAAAUGAUACAUACCGACAAACAAGGGCCUCAAGAUGAUAUAAGAAACAUUCGGGCUGAUCAACAUGUUACUGAAAAAGACACAAUGUCAGUCUUAAAAGGUGUGACUGUCAUCCAUCAAGAUUUAGAGAAGGAAGUUGUUGAUCGCCACUCAUCAGAAAACGGACAUUUGAUAGAAAAUUCAGAUUCAAGUUGGCCUCAAAACUCCAAAAGUGAACCUGAGACUGCUCUGAAGACUUUACAAAUUGACCGUGAGCCAAAUGGAGAUUUACAGCUGGACAAGAAGAGUAAACAGGGAGGAGACAUCCGGACUGAUGGCUCGUUUACAGACCCAAGCAGACCACAAAGGCAACAAGAAAAGUCUGAGGAGAAGGUGGUGUUCAGCCCCAAAGAACAAGAAUCACCUCUGUCACACCAUCACGCCAUGACCUCCGAAAAUGAAACUUCACAGGACAUCGGUGACUGGGAAGGGGAUUACCUCUGGUACAUGUGGAACGCUCUCUCCAUCAUUUCUAUGUUCCGCUUCUUUAGGAAAUACCUCGGAAAACAAUCCCAAAUGAAACAAGAAGAAAUCACGGCCUUCCCAGGGACCUGUACCACUGCUGAAGUGCCGCUACCAGACAACGACACUCUGCAGCAAUUUCAUUCUAAAUGUUUAGAAGUCUCAUCGGAUAAGAAGUGGAAGGAGUUCUUGGAGGGGUUUACAAAGGAUCUGUUUGCAGCCAUGAGGACCGUCUGUGAUAGCAAAGGCGGCAUGGUAAUUGAGGAUUUUCAGAUAGUGGAUGUGUGUGAUAUCAUCGUCCCCUUUACGCCACCUUAUCCAUAUAGUUUCCAGUGUCAGCUGUGGAAUGGUCAGGCAAGUGACCUGCUGCCAGAUAUGCAAGUCUGCGGUCAAAUCAAACUGGUGGAAAAUGAGAAAACCCAAAAUGGCUGCCACUGUCAGUCUCCUAAUUCAGAUGAUAUGGUGUGUUUGCUGCAUUGUGAGACUGAGAGUGUGAAGACGGAAAUGACUGAUGUUCGUGACGUCCUUCUUUGCACGAGGAACUCCCACUUCCUUUCAAAAUCCAUGGUUACCAAAUGGUUUCAGAGCACUAUCAAACAAGCGUGGGAACAGAUUUCACAUAAGUAUGAGUUUGAACUCAACAUUCGCUACAUUAGCGCUCCAGGUGCUCUGACAGUUCGGUUCCGAUCAGGGAAGAAGAUUAGCUUCAGUGUGAAUCCUGUGGUUAAAGGCAACACUGAUGCCCAUUUCUUCAUUAAUCAUUGCUCCCCAAACAACCUGGAUACCUCCUGGACACUCUCCCUGACCUACUAUGAAGACAGUUUGUUAGAGCACAUCGCUAAACGUCUGCCUGUAAACUCAUGCCACAGACAAACUCUUGAAAUUGCACUUUUCCUUCACAAGAGACAGACGGCAUUGUCGGGAAGCAGUGCUCUCAAGGAUUUUCAUUUCAAAGCUGCACUAAUGCAUCUGCUUUUGACCAAAGACCCAUCACAGUGGAAACCACACCAUGUGGCUUGCAGGCUACGAGGCUUACUGGCCUUCAUGGAGAGAAGCCUCAAGAAAAAACUACUGCACCAUGUUCUAAUUGGGAACCCUUUAAGACAGAGGUUUAUUGAACUUCCUGCUGAAUAUACUCAUGCAAAGACCGUGAAUCUCUUCCAUCCCCUUGUGGUCCACAACGGUAUCUACAAAAAUGCUGUGAUGCAUUUCCAGGAAAUGCUUAGAAACGCACACAUGCUGAUACAUGAUUAUCUAGAUUAACAGCUCCAUUCGUUCAAAUUUGUUACCUGUCAGUAGCCUUAUGUUAAGUUUAAAUUAUAUUUUUUAUCUCAUCACUGUUAGGAACAUGCCAUUAGUUUAGAAUAAUUGCAGUAGAAACUUCAGAUUAAAAAAAUAAGCACAUUUCUUUUUUUUUCACAUUUAUUUUAGUACUUCAGGAAACUCACGUUUUGGUAGCUUGAUCAUAAUUGCAAGCCUUUAAACUCUGAGUUGGAGUACAUUUCCCCAAAAAAAUUUGUCACAGUACAUGUAGAGUUGCUAAAAGACAAUGGAUUUUGGAGUUAACACAUUUUUACUUGACAUUAUAGAGCUCUGAACCACUUGCUCAUGACAGUACUUGUGAUGAUAACGAAGUGGAAACCUUGUCCUUGAAGAUUAAGGUACCGACACUGAAUUUUAGGACAGUGAAAGUUAGGAACUUUAAUUUUUUUUUCACUUUGCUUUCAACCACACAGUUGCAAUUAGAGAGAAUAAAGCAUGUUAACAAAGUCAUGAAGCAGUUGUUGAUGUACACUGUCUUCAGCUAGCCCACGGUGUAAGUUUUGGAACCAGUGAUUUCGUUCCCUGAUGCUGAGAGGCGUCAGUAAGUGAUUUGGUUAUAAAA